AUGGUAUCUUCUUCUUCUUCUCCUUCUUUCAAGAAAUCAUCUCACAAAGCAGCAACAAAAAUUUCUCUAAACUCUCUACCAAACGACCUUCUCGUAGAGAUCUCUUUACACGUCGCAUCCUCCUCUAUAACCGAGAUCCACAACCUCCAGCUAGUCUCCAAAUCGUGUCAACGUUUCUGCAACGACCGAUACGUUUUCCACCGACUCUCCCUCCGUGAAAUCCCUCUCUUCCCAUGGCACCAUCACAACCGCGCAAACUUCUCAAAAUUCUUCAACAGAUGUUUAAAGAACGAGAACCCCGAAGCUUUAUACCGUCAAGGACUCAUCGACUGCUUUCAUCUAGACAACAACGAUGAACAAAACAAUAUAAACAGAGGAAUCGCAUGUUUAUCCAAAGCUGCAAAGAAAGGAAACCAAGAAGCGCAAUUCGUCUACGGAAUGAUCUUGAUCUGUCUUGCGGAAAAAACAAAACAAAAGGGUUUCAAGAUCUUGUCUUCUUUGAUAAAACCUUCCUUGUCAAGCACGGUUAAAGAGUUGGAGGAAAUUCGUCAAAAGGUUCGAGAUAACGUCUUGUGGCGCGGCAAACCGAAGAUGAAAAUCCUCAAAAGCCUCUACGUUCAUGAGAAUUGCAACUGCGACGGUCGAACCAAGAAGUUCUUAGCCAAACAAACCGACAUGCUCUUAUCAAAGAUUUGGUUCUCGAAUGGUGAGGACAACAACGACAUGGUUACUUCCUCCGCUUGUGAGACUUGUUUGUGGCAUCACCAACUCCAACUUUUCUUUGAUGAUAUUUGA